CCUCCUCUCAUUGUCAGCGCUCGCACCCGCCGCCCGAGCCCGGAGCCCCCCGCGGGCUGCGGCUGCCCAAGCCCGGGCUGUCCCGCCGGCCGGAUCGCGCCGCGGGCCGGAGGCAGCCCCAGCCGCUCCCGCUGCUCAGGGUGAGAUUGUCAAGGAAACACUGAGGUACCAGGAAUACAUCAGGUGUUAAAGACCACACCGUUCACCCAGGCUAAGCAAAGCUUUUGCCUAAAAGAAAGAAAAAAAGAAGCAAACAUGGCAGAAUUCACAGGUUACAAGGAAACCUCAAAUCGGCACCUACGAUUCAAACUGCAGAGCCUCAGCCGCCGCCUUGAUGAACUAGAGGAAGCAACCAAAAACCUGCAGAAAGCAGAGGAUGAGCUGCUUGACCUCCAGGACAAAGUUAUCCAGGCAGAAGGCAGCAACUCCAGCAUGCUGGCUGAUGUUGAAGCCCUGCGGAAAAGAGUCCUGAAGAUUGAAGGCAAGGAUGAAGAAAUUAGGAAGGCCGAAGAGCUUUGCAGGUUAAUGAAAGAAAAACUUGAAGAGGAAGAAAGCCUCACCCGAGAGCUGAAGUCAGAGAUUGAACACCUUCAGAGGAGAAUGGCAGAACUGGAGAAGCUGGAGGAGGCCUUCAGCAGGAGCAAGAAUGACUGUACACAGCUGUGUCUUAGCCUGAAUGAAGAAAAGAACUUGACCAAAAAGAUAUCUACAGAAUUAGAAAUACUUAGAGUGAAAGUGAAAGAACUGGAAGCAUCUGAGGACAGGCUGGAUAAAACAGAGCAGAGCUUAACAGGUGAGUUAGAAAAACUGAAAUCCUUAGCACUGAGCUUUAUCACUGAAAGAAAACAUUUUAAUGAAAGAGAAAAACAGAAUGAAAAAAUAAUCCAGGAGCUAACACAGAAACUGGAACAAAACAAUAAACUAAAUAGGACAGAUCAAAGUAGAAAUGCAUCCAACUUGCUAGAAAGGUCAUCAAAUAAUCUCCUGGACAGAAAUGAUUUGAGAAUUGAAGAUGACUUAACUUCUGCAUUGCCCUCUAAGGAGACCAGGAGAAAGGGAAGUGUGGAUUACCUGAAACAUGUAGAAAAUGAAACCAGGAAUAAGUCAGAAAACCAAAAGAAUAAAAAUCAGGAAGACAACAAAGUGAAAGAUCUCACCCAAGAAAUUGAGAAGCUUAAAACUCAGAUCAAACGUUUUGAAUCUUUAGAAGAAGAACUUAAAAACAUGAGAGCCAAAAACAAUGAUCUGCAAGACAGUUAUUUGAGUGAACAGAAUAAAAAUAAACUCCUAAUGGGCCAGCUAGAAGAAAUAAAAAUGCAGAUAAAGAAACAGAAAGAUCUGGAGAAUGGAGAGGUUGAAAAUGAAGAUACAAGCUUUUCUAGCAGGGGAAAACAUGACAGACCUAAAUACAGAGGUUUCACCCCUGAUUUGACAUCUGCCAAGCACAAGCCAAGGGAGCUCUCACCACAACAGCGCCGGGAAAGGGCAAGGAACAGGGAUUUCUGUGUCAGUAACGACAGCCAUAGCCACAGUGGUAAGCAGGUGCCAAGCCCAAGCUUAAUGAACAGAAGAGCAGGAAAAGCAGGUGUAUUUGCCCUUUCAGACACUGCUGUGACAGAUACAAAAAGACUGGAAGAGAAAUCUUCAGUUUCUACUCUGUCUUCUGGUCAUAAGGAAAGCUGCAUCAUGCAGAAUGAGGGGAAGAGACUGAAAGAGCAGCCGUCUGUCCUCAGCAGAUACCCUCCUGCUGCCCAGGAGCAGAAAUCAUGGAAAGCACCUUCCAAACCUGUUGGUGACACAGGUCUGAGACCCAAGGCUGAAAAGCCAUCCCGUGUGUUCCGUGGCAGCUGCCCAAGUGGUGCUGACACCCGGGAUGAGAAGCCAGGCAAAGGGGAAUCAGUGGCUUCUUUGGCUGAGAAGCUGAAAACCAGUCAGGCAGAAGUCAGUGACUGCCCAAAGAACAUGGUGCUCACCAGGGGUAAUCAUGGCUCUUCCAAUGGGACAGCUUCAGCUUACAGGUACCACCUCUCCUCCCAUGUGCUGGCAUCAGAAACCACUGGCUCUAAAACAGAAGCAGCGAAUGCUUCUGCUGCAUCUCACAGGGAGUCCUCAGAGGCGAGGGCUAAAAGAACAAUUAUCUCCCAGGAAAAAGAAGUCACAGACACAUCCCUUGAGAGUGCAAAGCUUUCAACACUAACAAAGUGUUCCCAUCGCUCCAGGAGUCAGGAAGACAUCCUGCAGAUUCUCACAGGUCUUGAUAAAGAAGACACAGAGCAGUCUGCAGCUCCAGCUCCAGAUCAUGGAAGAGCUGGCUUAGAAGCAGACUCCAAAGCCAAACAGACUAACCAGGAAAAAGUUAAUUCAGAUGAAGAAUUGGAAAGAAGCAAAAAACCAACCAGUCAGCCAGAUUUUGAAAGAAAAAAAGUCAGCUCCAAGCAAUUCUCCAGUUCCAAGGGAGUUUUUCAAGCAGCAGUUGCUGAGAAUGACAAAACCACUGUAAAUGAUGAAGACUCCACCAAGUGUAUAAAACCAUCAGAUGCCAGCACUGGAGGAAUUAAAUCCAAAAGGUCAUUCAGCCCAAGAGAAGCUCUGAGAUCAAAAGCUGUCAUUAAACCUGCAAUUAUUGAAAAAGAUAUGAAGGCAGUCAUGGGAGGGACUGUUGCUGAGGCAGAGUCAGAAAAGCAGAAGUCUGUAUUUAAAAUGGUAACAAAUAAAAUGACAAGCAGCAUCACAAUCUUCCCAUCUGAGCCAGCAGCUCCAAGGACCAGUGCAGAUUCAGCAGCAAAGGAAAGACAGGUUACCACCAGCAAUAUCAGAGUUGCUCCAAAUGAGCCUUCAGCAAUAACAAACAAUAUCCCCACACCCUUUGAGAUAUCAAUUAGUAAAAAUACUCUGAAAUCAUCUGAGACAGACAGAGUUGGAGAGGCAGCACCGAGAAGCAGAGCAGAAACAGUGGUCUCCAGAAGCAGCAUUAUGAUAAAAACUUCUGAACUCUCAGAGAGGAACAGUGAGCCACCUUCAGAGACAAUCAGCUGGAAGACCCACGGCUCUUCAGAUGCAGCUUCAUCUGAAACAAAACAUGUCACAGUGAGAAGCUCCUGGAGAACAAGACAAGGUUUGCAUUCCCUGGAGAGCUCUCAAACCAAAGUGGAGAAAAGUGCAGCCUCCAAUACUACAAACACAUGCAGGUCCUCAGUAGACCUCUCUGAAAUGGAAGAGAACAGUGAUAGAACAAACUCCUUGGAGCAGAGCUCAGCAAGGACCAGUGCCACAGCUAAUUCCUGGAGUGCCCCUGAGCUGGGGUCCCGAAGGACCAAAAGUAACUUAAGUGCAUCUGAACUGGUCACACGCAGGAGCUAUGCCAGUGAUUCCACAGCAGCUUCUCCCUGGCACAGGACCACGCUGCCUGAUGAAAGCAAAGAUUAUGUGCCCAGCUCCCGAAGAAAACAAUACGGCUCCUCUGAGCACCUCUCACAGGGUGACAGCCCAGGGAAAAGGGCAGCUGCCAAGGUGGAGCUGCAGGAGUCUGAGUCCAACCCACGGGCACCACUGGGUCUCCAGGUGGAGGAGCAGGGUGCUUCCCGUGCCUGCUGGACAACAUCUCGGAGAUGAGUUCUGUUCCCAGUGAACGUGCUGCAAGGUGGAGCAAGGGGCAGGAUAGUACCAAGCACGUGGGUGUCACACCUCUGUGUAACCACUCCAGAGGCUUCAGCUAGCCUGAAACAAGUUUUUAAUGCUAAGGUACAGGAGCUUUACUGGUGAAUUCUUUUUCUUCAUUGCUGAAGAGGCAGCUGCAGAGACUUCACUCAGGGGACUCCCACUUCUCACCUCCAGUUCUGCAAUCUUAAUCUCCACAGGAUGACAGCUCUGUCUCAGUAUGGAAAUCCUGACUGCUUAACACUUGGAACAAUGAUACUCCCUGCAUUUAGACAAGAUGCCAGACUUCUCCAGACCUUAUCCCUUUGACUACAGCUCACCAAUCCCUGACAGUUGUUUUACAUGGCUACACAACUGAAAGCUUUCAGUUCCCAGGGAAAGUUUGCAUUCCCCAGCCCUCUUGGCUUGUGUUCCUUCCCUGUUGCUGUCAGUCUCUGCAAGAAGCUUCUCAUGACCUACUCAUCACAGCUGAAACCUUGCACCAAGAAAUCAUCCUCUGAACCAAACCCACAGCAGUUCACACAGCAAUGAAACUUCUUCCUGAUUUAGACUGGGCUGAUUUUUUGAUGUCUUUGUUCCUUUGAAAACAAAGAUGGAGAGAGCAGGGUUGGACUCUGAGCUGAACUCCAUAUUGGCUACGUAGUCAGCCUUGGUCUUUGCUCCUCUUCCGAACCACCCCAUCUGCCAGGUCUGGGACCCAGGUAUCAUCAGAGAUUGCUUCAAACACCUGGGUGUAUUUCCCUGUCAGUGCUGGUGGCAUCCCUGUUGUUGCAGGAAGCCCCUGCAGCCCCAAGAGGUGCUCAGGUGUUGGAGCAGCAUCUGCCCUGAGCAAGAUGUUUGCAUCUGCCCACGCUGGAGAGCCACCAGUUCUUCUUCAUGUCCCCCAACCUGGAUGCAGGGCUGGCCCUGUUCUCCUGUACACAAAAACCCCUGACUGCUGCCAGUGCUUUUUUCCACCUGUUGGAAACAGACAUCACAAUCUGUGGAGGAACAAGGACAGUGCUGCAGAAGAGAAAAUGUCCCUGACAUGUUUUAAAGGUGCUGUGUGAACAGCUGCAGCCCGGCAGCUCCCACAUCUGAGCUGCACCCACACCCAUUCCCACAUCCCACCUUCCCCAUGAGCAGCUACCACAGCAGUGGACACCCCUAUGCUGUAUCUCCUCCCUGCCCCCUGGAAUUACAUGCCUCAAUUCUGAGAGGCAAAUGAAUCAAAAAACAAAAAAAAGAAAAAAAAAAAAAAA